AUGGUAGAAUUGAGUAUUAAGAAUCAAUACCGUACGUCAAAAAUUGGUCAGCUCGCAAAAUAUAUGUACGGUAGAGAUUUUAACGAUGAAACUAAUAAUCCACUCUCUCUCAGGAUUGAGAAGGAAGGCGACAACCUUAUAGUAACAGUUAACUGGGAAGAUAUCGGUUAUAUCAACUCUAAAACUCAUUAUUUAUCCUAUAAAAUAGAGGGGUUGAAGGACUUGAUAGUUUCCUUUUUGAAUGAUUAUACUAUAACUGAACUGGAUACUAAAUUGAAUAAUUAUACCAAAACAGCUGACAUGAAUACUAAAUUGAAUGAUUCUACCAGAACAGAUGACAUAUUAAAUAAAUUAAUGAGUCAUUACACUGCACAAGCAUUUGAUUUUUUAAGUAGUCUAGAGACGGAAUAUAAUGCUAUGAAUGAGUAA